GCCAGCUGCCUUCUCGCGGGCGCCCCACCAUGGGAUGGGCCUGCCCCGCUGCCCACCCCGUCCCGGUGCCACGGCCGCUCCCGCCGCCCUCCCGACCAGCAGCAACAUGACUUUCUACGGGCCCUACGAGGGGCGCCUCAACUGCACGCCCAUGGCGCUGCUGAACGCCGCAGCGGGUAGGGAGAAGGGCAACUCCACGGCCGCCGCCGCCGCCGCCACCAGCCCGGAGGAGUGCGGCUCGGUGUCAGUGGUCUUCGCCCUGACCAUGAUGACCACGGGCCUGGUGGGCAACGGGCUUGCGCUGCUGCUGGUGUACCGCGCCUACCACAAGAAGCAAAACGCGCGCAAAAAGUCCUUCCUGCUCUGCAUCGGCUCCCUGGCCCUGACCGACCUGACCGGGCAGCUGCUCACCAGCCCCAUCGUCAUCGCCGUCUACCGGGCCGGCCGCGACUGGCUGGCGGUGGACCCUUCCCUGCGCCUGUGCACCUUCUUCGGCCUCAGCAUGACCGUCUUCGGGCUGUGCCCGCUCUUCAUCGCCAGCGCCAUGGCCGUCGAGAGGACCCUGGCCAUCCGCGCGCCGCACUGGUACUCGGCCCACAUGAAGACGCGCGUCACCAAGGCCGUCCUGCUCAGCGUCUGGGUGGCCGUGCUCGCCUUCGCGUGCUUGCCCGUGGUGGGCGUCGGGCGGUACGCCCUCCAGUGGCCGGGCACGUGGUGCUUCAUCAGCGCCCGGGAUCAAGGGGGUCCCCACGUGGGCAACGUCAUCUUCGCCUCCACGUUCGCCUUCCUGGGCCUCUUCUCGCUCGCCGUCACCGUGGCGUGCAACGUGGCCACCAUCGUCGCCCUGGUGUGCCGCUGCCGCUCCAAAAACUCCGCGUCUCAGUCCAGGAGGCAAUGGGGCAGAAUCACCAUGGAAACCUUGAUCCAGCUGCUGGGGAUCAUGUGUGUCCUCUUUGCCUGCUGGUCGCCACUCUUGAUUAUGAUGCUGAAAGUGACAUUCAACCGCACCUCUAUGGAUCAUUGCAGAGAAUCGUGCAACUCUACCCGAAGCACAGAACUGCAGCCAGAGUGCAAUUUCUUCUUGACCGCUAUCCGCUUGGCCUCACUGAAUCAGAUCUUGGACCCCUGGGUUUACCUGCUGCUUAGGAAGAUCCUCCUGCGAAAGUUUUGUCAGUUGGCAAGUGCCAUCUCCUGCCGCUCCCAGGAGGGAUGGAAGGGGCGGCACAUCAUGUUGUCAGACAAAAUCAGGCGCACACCAUGAAGCAGGUUGCAUGUCAACAACUUUCCUUGCACCGCCACCUUACUGUGAAUAUGGGCAUCCAAGUUCUGUCCGUUUCCCUCUGUAACUGAAUUGCAAGGACGUAAUAUAUUCCAUGGACUAGUAUUUUCAGUGUCUGCCAGAAAUUGUUAACUUAUAAUGAUAUAACUAAGAAACCUGCCUAUCUUUUGAAAUCCAUAGCUAAGAGUGCAGCUUUUUGUGUACGUCCAAAGACAUCGCAGGGAUUUUCCUACUACAUGGUAGAAGAACCGACCAUUUAAAAAUCGGAACUUUGACUGUAUAUUCAGUGGCAAUUAAGUUAUUGAAGACUCUACAUUUGUUUGACUCUAAAAUUAUUGUCAGAAAUUUCCUUUGUUUCCAGUCUUCUUUUUGACUUACCGAUUAAACCAAAAAGGAAGAAUGAUCCUUUUUCAUGCUGAUUCCAGAUGUGAGGGAUAGGGUGGGAGUUGAGGAAUAAUAAAUGCUAUGGUGUGAGUGUUAAUGGUUUGUGUCCUUUCCUUAAAGUUGGGAAAGUAGCAAAAGGCCUGUCUGUCAAAUGCAUGGAGUCACCACACUAAUUACUCAUUUUCAAUAAACACUAAAGGUCUUUUUUCAAAUGAUAGUUUGUUACCUGUUGCAUAUUUUCACUUCUUUAUGCAAGUUCCCCUUGUUAUUUGCUGCUGCAGAGAAUCCAUGUGUCUACUCUCAGUGAAGUAUUUUAUGUUCCGGAGAAAGCACAUUUUCCUAAUAUUCAAACUACAGCAUUUUGCCUCUGAAAAAAAACAUGUUGCUUCUAUAUUAGGAUUCUUGGCCCUGGAAAAGCAGUGCUUUUCUUCAAUCUAUUAGAAGCAGAAAUAAAAUAGCGGUUCCACAAGGCACUUAAUAUAAUUCUAUAUUUUGCAGUUAAUUACCCCCUUUUCAGAUUAUCACAAAUAC